AUGUUUGGGUGUGACUGUUUUUACUGGAGCCGAGGAAUCUCCGAGUUUGAUUUGGAAUCUUCCGAGCCAAAGCCCUUCUCGCUUCCCUCACCUCUUCCUUGCUGGCCACAAGGUAAAGGUUUUGCCACGGGAAGAAUAAACCUAGGAGAAAUAGAAGUGGUGAAACUCACCAAGUUCCACAGAGUCUGGAGCUCUGAUUCAUCAUCGCACGGAAAAUCAAAACGUGCAACAUUUUACAAAGCAGAGGAAACUCCACAAGGUUUCCACUGCCUCGGUCACUAUUGCCAGCCAACCGAUCAAGCCUUGAGAGGUUACGUACUUGCAGCUCGGGCUCGUAAACCGGUUAACGCUCAUGACCUCCCUCCCCUGAAGAAGCCUGUGAGUUACUCUUUACUCUGGAGUGAAGACUCAAAGAACAACCGCGGUGGCUAUUUCUGGCUGCCUAAUCCUCCCGUUGGUUACAAAGCAAUGGGAGUAAUUGUAACCAACGGACCAAAGCAGCCUGAGACAGAGGAGGUUAGAUGUGUGAGAGAGGAUCUUACAGAGAGCUGUGAAACCUCUGAGAUGAUACUUAACCGCUCUGGUUUCAGUGUAUGGAGCAUCCGACCUUGCGAGAGAGGGAUGCGGUCAAAAGGUGUAUCCGUUGGCUCAUUCUUUUGCUGCAGUUACGAUCUUUCUUCUAAUAGGACGAUGCGUGACGUUGCAUGCUUAAAGAAUCUUGAUCCGGCUUUACACGCGAUGCCGAAUCUGAACCAGGUCCAUGCGGUUAUCGAACACUACGGACCAACGGUCUACUUCCACCCUGAAGAGACUUACUUGCCUUCGUCCGUACAAUGGUUUUUCAAGAACGGAGCGUUGCUGUAUCGGUCAGGGAAGUCGCAAGGAGAACCGAUCAUCUCAACAGGCUCGAACUUGCCUGCUGGAGGGAGCAACGAUAUGGAGUUCUGGAUUGAUCUUCCGGAAGAGGAAGAAGCCAAGAGCGAUCUCAAGAAAGGAAACCUCGAAAGCUCUGAGCUUUACGUUCAUGUGAAACCAGCACUCGGUGGAACGUUCACCGACGUUGUGAUGUGGAUUUUCUGCCCGUUUAACGGUCCGGCCACGCUCAAAAUCGGGAUGUUCACGUUACCUAUGACCCGAGUAGGAGAACACGUCGGUGACUGGGAGCAUUUCACUUUCCGGGUGUGCAACUUUUCCGGUGAGCUUUGGGAGAUGUUCUUCUCUCAGCAUAGUGGUGGUGGUUGGGUUGAUGCAUCGGAGAUUGAGUUUGUUAGAGGUAACAAACCUGCUGUGUACUCGUCUAAGCACGGUCAUGCUAGUUUCCCUCACCCGGGGAUGUAUCUCCAAGGCUCUUCGAAGCUCGGGGUUGGAGUGAGAAACGAUGUUGCGAGAAGCGAGUACAGUGUGGAUUCUAGCGAGAGGUAUGUGAUUGUAGCGGCUGAGUAUUUAGGUGGAGGGGAUGUGGAGGAGCCGUGCUGGUUGCAGUAUAUGAGAGAGUGGGGUCCAAGCAUAGCGUAUGAUUCAGGGUCUGAGAUCAAUAAGAUCAUAAGUCUUCUUCCUUUGGUUGUUAGGUUCUCUGUUGAGAACAUUGUUGACUUGUUUCCUAUUGCUCUUUAUGGAGAAGAAGGUCCUACAGGGCCAAAGGAGAAGGAUAACUGGGAAGGAGAUGAGCUGUGUUGA